GUCGAGACUGUCAUGUCAAAUUGUCAAUGAAACGCAAACGUACAUGUUUUUGUGACGACGUACAUUUUCAUUAUUAACUAUAAUUUACUGUAAAAAUUUUACUUGCUUUUGCUUGUUGCAUUACGAGUAAUUCAAGAAGAUUCUUUAGAAUUUAAAUGGGUUGCUAUGUUCUCUGAGUGAUUUUUAAGUGGUGAUUAUUUCGUCCGAUAUGGGUCCUUUCAUUUUAUUUAUCGUGGCAUUUAUCUUAGAAACGGGUGUGUCAGCAAUUCAGGUGACUUUGUCAGACAAUGGGCCUGCGGUACGAGGUGCUGCUGUAACAUUUACAGCGAAUAUAACAUCAGGUUACACAGGGGAAAAUUUGAAAUUCGUGUUUACUGACAGCGCGACACCACAACAUAGUGAAGAGAUUAUUAGCCCGAAUCAAACGGUAAACUUCACUGUUGAGUAUUACCGAGACAUUUACGAAGCGAACCAGUACGUGGUCAAUUUGGAAGUGAAGAAAAAUUACUUUGAAAGUCUAUGGUGGACUAUCGCAACAGCCUUCACGGCAUUCAAUCUAACAGAUACACUACACGGUGAUUUGAAGCUGAAGCAGAAUGAUGCAGUGAGACCAAAUAACUUCGUGGCCGUCAACAACACAGUCACACACUUCGUAAAACUCCACGAAAGUGAACUGGAGUUCUUGAAGAAGAACGCCUCAUCCAUCCAAACACACUGGUUCAUAGACUGCGUCUACAUAGACGCUACUUCUGACUUCUCAUUAAAUUAUACGUACGAUGAUAAUAUGGGUAGUCACGAGGUAGAAGCGAUAGUUGUCGCCAACAACGAACCCUUGCCGCCGUUGACGACAACGACGACGACUACGACCACGACUACAACUACUACUACAACCACGACUACAACUACGACAACUCCUAAGCCUACAACGGCUGGUCCAACAACACCUAAAGCAUCAACAACAACGCUAGCACCAACAAAUACUUCGUCAACUCCUGCACCAACACCGUCGAAUGUCACUGAUGCUAAUAGUACUGCACCUCACAAAGUGGCUAAACGUGCAAUUUCUAAUAGAACUUUGAAAGGCCCAGACGGUUCGCCACUCACUUGCAAUAAUACGAUCCCAAUCAGCAGUGGGUACACCUACGGGAGAUACCGCCACAACAUAUUUGUAAGAGAGCCGAUAACAGCAGUAAACAUAACCGGAUUGAACUGGCUUCAGCAUGGGGACCUUUUGAACAUGAAUGUGAAGUAUACAGGCUCCCAGCCAUUCAACUACUGCAUUCAGUACAAGUUAGGAGAGUACAAUAUAACUGGGAAUGAGACCUGUACCUCGCCCACGACAACAAUCGCCAACUCCUUCCCUCUAGUCCAUUAUUUCUCGGACAGUGAUAAGCAUACAGUAGUAGUUAUCAUAGAAAAUGAAAUUGGGAAGUCUGUUGCGAAAUCUACUAUUAAUAUUUACAAAGUGUCGGUGCACGCGCAGUUGUCCGUCAUAGUGAUACCUGUGUUCUUCUGUCUUGUCGCUGUCAUCCUAGUCGUGUUUGGUAUUGCGUAUUACCAGCAUCGAUCGAGGCACACGAUAGAAGUUGCGGACUUCGACUUCGGUCAAGCGCAUCUCGACUACAAAACGUUCACGGAGCGACUCCGAGACAGCUUCAGAAACGCCUUCAAUUUCCGCCAGAGGGACGACACGGACCCUCUCACGAGUAACACUAGAUACGACUCAAUGACGUAAAUAGUAUUUAACUACGCACACGGCAAAAGAGUUUAAUUGGCAGGCAAGUGACUGACUUUGAGUUUGUAGAUUUUGACAGUAUAUUAGGGUUGAUUUUAAAAUGUAAUUUUAGUUUACAGGAUUUAGAACCGUAUUUCUUUUUUAUUAUAGAUGAUAUUUCUAUGAAAUUCGUUCGUUUUAAAGUAGAUAAUAAAAAUAUUGUAUGUGUUAUUUUAAUAUUAUGUGCGUACCAAAAUAGCUCUUUUUGAUAACAAAAUCGUUGUCAGUUGUCUGCCUAUUAAAUUCUAAUGCUGUAUGUAUGUACGUACCAAUUAUUUAGCGACGGCAUUCAAUGCAAUAUGAGUGACAGAAGUGGUUUCCAACAGCCGAGAGAAGCGUCAUUAUUGUACUCACUACUACAGUCGAAAUGAAUAACCCACCUCAAUUUAUAGUCUUUUAUUAAGAUCGGCUUUUGACAGUCCUAUUGAUUUUGUCCAGACCAGUGUCGGAUAAAGACGACGAGGGGUCCGUUUGUUACAUUGCCUAUUUAAAUUUAAGAUGUAAGUAAUCCAUAACGUUGAUAAAAAAAUCAAUUAAUGAAUAAUAGUUAUUUUUUUGUUAUUAGUAAAUUUUUAGUUUAUGGUUUCUGAAGUCGGUUUAUUGUGGAUUGGGCACAGCCACGGGACCCGUAGUAUUUGCUGCCUUCUUCUACAUUGCUAAUCCGGCACUGGAUCAUGAGAUUUUGGAUUAGAAUCGGAUUUUUUUCGACUGUAAAGAGAAAUGCAACUCGAAAUAAGUAUCACAUUUUCAAAAUUUUGUAAUGGUAGCUUCAUAGGCUGUGGGAUGCUUAAUGGGAAUUUUCAGUCAUGAGUAUCUUCGUUAAAUAAUUUAGUUAUCGAUCGCCAGCUUGAUUGCCGAUGGAAAACGUUACUGUGGACAGAAAGGCGAGAACAUAAAGAGUUUCUUAUUUUCUAAUAAAUUCUCGAGUAACGUUAUUCGAAUUGAUUAAAAUUGUUAUUAUUUAGUUUUUUAAAUAAGUUGAAGACGAUGUGAGAAAUCUCUAGUAAACCAUUGAUCGGUCUACUAGUAAAGAAAUGUAAGAGAAAUCUGCUAGUCGUUUGUGGAAUAUUUUGUCAGUAAAGAGAUCUGCCAACAAUAUUUCAACUUAAUGUAAGUUUUUUUUAACGUUGGCAAUUCUCCAUCGGUUGUCAAACUCGAUCAUUUUAUAUGUCUGUGUCAAAUGUAAAAGUAUUAAUUAUUAUAUUUAUCAUGUAAAAAUUUAAUUAUACUUCAUUCCAUUUUUCCUAAUUAUUUUAAAAAUGUAAAAUAUAAAAGUUUAUAUUUUAUUUCUGAUUAAUAGAUUGUAUCGAUUGUUGUAGGAACUAGGGACAGUUGAUUGAUAGUACUGAAAUGGAAUUGUUUUGUAUAUGAAAUUAGAUCUACUUCGCUUCUGUUUGGGUUGAAAUUAGAAUGACGUUUGGAAAUGUACGUAUUUAUGGCUAAUAGUAUAUUGGCUAGCAACAUUAUAGUGGCCAUUCUCAAAACAAAUGAAUCUAAGCAAUACUAAUCUAGCGCCCGUGUCGUUCGUCAAAUGAGUUUAUGACAAAUAUUUUGUUUGACUUUCUUCAAUUAAUUUAUAUUAUUUGCAUGUAUUUUCUUCUAGUAUUUUCCUAUCCUUAGACAUAACGAGCGAUAGAUUGGAAUGCGCUGCGUAGCUUUUGUCAAUCAGCUUUAAAUUGUUGCCAAUGUAGAAAAAGAUUUGAAAACAAAAUAUAAAUGGUAGUUUGGUUCGAACUAUGGCCUCUCAAUAAUUUAUCUUACUAAGUAUAUGUGAUCUCUGUGUCCGUCUUGUCUGUUUGUGUCAUUUAAAUAUCGUUUACCAAAAAAUCGGUGAUUAUGUUUUAAUUAUAUUUUUUUUUCUAACAGACUGACGCGUUUGAAAUGAUAAUUAUUCUAUUUUUUUUAUAUAUAUUUUUGGUUGAUUGUCGUUUUUGGCUUAUUGCACUAUUUUUGGUCUUAUCUGUAAUAUACUAAAUUAACUAAGAGAAGGGUCUUCUAUAAAUUGUCACGAAUGGGGACUGUGGUUCGAAGAAAUGCGAUAAACGAGAGACGAGUCAUGCAUUCAAGUGUGAAAAUGUCACACUGGGGUGAGCAAGGGACCGCUAAAUUUGACGUGACGUCAUAUGUACGACCCGAUUGCGUAUCUAACAUAUAUGAAGUAUUUUUCUUCUACAAUAUUAUUUUGUGCAAACAAUAGUGCAAUAAGCUAAAGUUGUAACCUUUUUUUUACAAUGAAACUAACUGAAUCUAGUGCUAUGUUAGGACUGACGCACUAUCGUGAUCAGUCAUGGUUUGUGAUAUAUUAGAUUUAAUCAAAUUAGGUCUAUAAUUAAUCGUGUAUUUAAUAAUGUAUUUGUGCCAAAAGUAUAUUGUUCUAGAGAUGUUAUUUUGGUUCGUAUUACAAAUAAACUGUACUAAAACUUGAUUGCUAUUUGCAAGAAUGUAUUCCUUCCAAAUUAUCUGGUUUAAUAAAUUCAUAUUUAUCGGUGUAUACUUUUGGCAUAAAUAAUUUAAUAUUAAUUUGUAGUUACAAUAAAAUGUUAUUUAAAAA